AUGAGUUUUGAUCUAUCAUAGCAUAAAAUAGAGUUUUUAUACUAAUAAAGCUAUAAUAAAAAGAGAACUGAAUUAAUAACAAUUACAGUUGGAAUUAAGGUAGAAAAUCUUUUAUCUAAUAGCUUAUACUGCUUAAAGUAUAGCGAAAUCACAGAAAGUUUAGAAAAAGAAGAUAUAAUUUGUAAUAAUGGUCAACCUAUUUCUUAUACAAAAGAUGGCGAAUAAGGCUAAUUAAGUGAAAAUGAGUUUAUAGAGAUUGAUUUAGAUGUAAGUAGCACUAUAACUAAUAGUAAAAUAAUAUUUAAGGAUGCAGGAUUAGGAUUAUAAAACAAAUUAAAAUAAUAAGACAUGAUUAUACAGAGCUUGCAAAAACAGAUCAAUGAAAUAAAAGAAAACAUGACUAAAAUUCAGAAUAAUUAGAAUAAUUAGAUUAAAAGCUAGAUAGACAUUUUAUUUUUAAUAGGAAUGCCAAAAAAGGAGAAUUCAAAUGAUGUUAGCUGUGAAAAAGAAAUUAUGAAAAUAUAAAGUGUUCUUUACAAAAAGAAAAUUGGAUGUAGCAUUAGCAUAGUGAAAACAAAAGAAAGCUUCAAAGAAAUGCUUUCUUUAAAUCCAUAAAUUAUACACGUAAUUUGCCACGGAAAAAGAUUAUUAGAUUCAAAUAAAUACACCACGUAUUUAGAAAUAGAAGAUUAAAAAGGAGAACAAUAAAUGAUCACAGGAUAACAAUUCAUGAAAUGGAUCCAAAAAUCGAAUUGUAAUCCUAGCCUAAUAAUACUUAAUGCUUGUUAUAGCUAAGGUAUUUAUGAUGAUAUGCUAAGAAUUAAAAAUAAUAAAGUUUUUAAUACCUUAGCAAUAAAUAGUGAAUUUGAAAUUAAUGAUAAAUAUGCUUAUAAAUUUGUUACUCUAGUAUACAAAAAAUUCCUUUCAUAGAUUAGAUCUUAAAUAUCAGAAAGUUAGGACAAAAAAGUUCCUUAAAACUAAAAAGAAAAUAAAAUAUUAUGGCUAAAAAUUAUUGAAGAAGCAAAGCAACACAUAAAUAGUAUCUAAUUGAAACAGAUGAUCUAUUUAAAUUAAGUAUGUUGUACUGGUAAUGCUUGUGAAUUUUAACAGUUUAAAGAAAAAAAUAAAAAUUGUGAUUGCUUUAAAAACGAAAAUCAAAAAAAUUUUGAGUAUUGUCAAACCAAACAUCCAAACCUAGUCAAAGGUUUGACUGAAAAUGAGUUUAACUACUUAAAAUAGUUUAUAGAGUUGCAUCAAGAAAGCUGUAAAAAAACUAAUUCAGAAAAAUUAUUUUUUUUGAGUAGAAAAUAUUAUAUGCUGUUCUGUAAUAGGUGUAUUAGUAAACUUUUUAAAGAUAUCAGCUCAUUGAGGAAAUCACACAUUUAUAAAAGGUUUUUAACUUCAUUAGAAAACUAAAGUUAAAUUUAGGAAGCCAUUUUUUUAAUUUCAGUGAAUUUCUUAAAAUAAAUGUUUUUAGAAGGAGAAAGAUUUAAAUUUAAUUAAUAAAAAAACUCAACUUAUCCAAAUUUCUCUUUAUAAGAUCAUAAAUACUAGUAAUUAGUAUUAAAUGGACCUGACUUUCUAAGUAAUUAUUACCCAAAACUUUCUAGAAGCAAAGAUAUUGAUGAUAUAGAUAAAUCUCUAAGUAAAUGCAUGAAGAAAAGCUAAAAAGACUUUUCAUUAAAGCUUAAUUACUACGAAUAAAGUAAAGGAAGAUUCCUUAAAUAUUUAACUGAUGUUUAGUCAAAAUCCACUGAUUAUAAGUCACAAAUUCAUAUAUUAAAUAUUACUGGUAUUGAUAAAAUGGAAGAUUUUUAAAGAAUCUUUCUUUUAGAUUUAAAGUAAAUAAAAAAAAAUAUAUUAGAAUAAGACCAAAAUUAAGACCAUAGAAUAAAUCUAUUUUAUUUUUAUGAUUGGAAAAAAUUGAAAGACAAUGAUAAUUUAAGCUUUGUAAGGGGUAGAAAGGAAAAUAUUCAACUUUACAUUUAGCAUGAAGAAGAAAAUAUUUUUGACUCAAUAUUUUUUUAUUCUUUUACCAUUAAAAAUAUUGAUAAUUUGAUUAAAAACCUUCCUUUAGAUUAAAUUUAAAUCAUCAUGGAAAAGUUAAAAUUGGAUUUAGAAAGUGUUAAAGAAUACUUAAAAUAUUGCUAGAUUUAAAAAUAAAAUAAAUUAUACGAAUAUUAUGAAAAAACUUAUGAACUAUUUAAUGAUUUAAUUAAAUAAAAAUCAAUCAGAUAAGAAACAAAUAAUUGCAUGUUUUAAUAAUUUUUAUAACAAAUUAAUGAAACCAUUUCUCAAAACAAUAGUGAAUCCCUCGAUUAGAUAGAAUCAAGUAAAAAAAGUGAAAAACAUGCAAAAAAUUAUGAAGAUUAACAAUCCUAUGAGAAAAUGAAUCGUUAUUUAUUAAGCUUUAUAGAUCCUGAAAAUUAUAGAGAAAAUAAAUAUCUGUAUAAGUAUUUGUUUAAAAAUAUCAUGAUAAAUUGCUCAAAAUGCCAUCAAUUAAUCUAAAAAAAGGGUCUAAUGAAAUGUCUCCUAAAAAUAAUUUUAUAAAAUUGUUAAAUUAAUAAGGAUAAACUCUAGAUUUUGUAUUAAAAUCCUAUAAAUUCUAAAAAUAUGAAUAUUUGGUCUCUUAAAGGGAUUUUGAAUUUUUUUAGCAUUGAAUAUUUCGAAAUAGCACCCUAAUUUAGAGAAAUAGCUAAAUAUAUUAUUCUUAAUGAAUUACAACCACUAGAUUUUGUAUUAACAAAAUCAUAUUUGAUAGGAAUCAAUUUUGAAAAGAAAUUUCAUAAAGAAUUUAGAGAUAUAAUUAAAAUUCACAAAAGAGUUUUAACUUUUGUAAAAAAAUGUUAAACAAAUAAUGAAAUUGAUUCAUUUUCUGAUUUAAAAGAAGUUGAAUGUAUUUUAGACUAUCUAAAAGUAAAAUAUUACAAUUAAGUAGCAAGGCUAAAUCAUAAAAAUUAUAACCUUCACUAUUUAAGUAUAAAAAAUGCAAAUAUAAACUUGAAGGAGAAUUCUUAAUUAUCUAUUAUGGUACAAUAAAGAAAUAUCAUUAGAACAAUUUCUUAUAUUGACUUUUAAAAAUCUACCUAUAAUGAUAUUGAUUAUAUACUCAAUCUUAAUAAAAAAUUUUAGAAUAAUUAUAAUCAAGUAUACAAAGUACAAUUAAGAAAAUAAACAAGACAAUCUCCAAUUAACUAAAGUAAAAAUGUUAAGAAGUAAUGUAUCUAUAUAUUAUUAUAGUCAAAUUUAUUAAAAGAGCUUAUUUAUUUCUUAAAUAAAGCAUAAUUGAUAAAAAAUAAUAGAAUAUAAAUAGAAAACAGUGUAAGUGAUUUAAGCGAAGGAUUGUAAGGUAUUAGUAAAAUUAAACAUUAAGUUCUUGAAUUGAGAAAAAUAUAUAUAGAAUUUAAAAGUGAAUAUUCUUAAAAUUUUAAAACUUAUAGCCAUUACUAGUAACAUAUACAACAAAGUUUUACUGCUUAUUAUGAAUUAGAGCUACUGAUCGAACAGAUUUUCCAUAAUAUCAAAAAUACUAACACACAAAGUUUAAUAAGUCUAUUUGGUAAUAUUUAACUCAAUUGUGAGGAUUUUUAUGAAAUAUUUAGUAAAGUAAAUGAAGAUUAGAUUUUAAAUUCUAAAAUUAAUCAAAAUUUACUACAGAACUUUCAUGAUAGUUUUCUAUUCGUUUAAUACUAUUUUAAAUGUGCAAGAGAGCUUUUGCAUUCUUAUAUCGAUAAGUCUUUUUACAUCAAAAAAAAUAUUUAUGAAAAUAUCUAUAACAGAGUCAUUUUUACGACGAAAUUGUUCACCAAAAGCAAUGUCUAGUAAAUUUAAAAAAUCUAAGAAUUCAAAAAGCUAAAAAAGAUUAUUAUUAUAGAUCAAGAUGAUAGUGAUCUUAAGGAUAAAUAUGAAAUUUUAGAUCUAGAAAAUUUAAAUACUUAAAAAAAUUAACCUAACUUAAAAGAUAUUUAACAAGUAGAACUUUUAAUUAUACUCAACUACUCAGAAAGUUAUGAUUUGGAGCAAAGUAUUUUUAAAGAAAAGUGGGUUUUGUGCUUUAAUUCACCCUUAAAUUAGCAUGUGAAGGAAAAGCAAACUACUUUUUUAAUGCAUUUGCUAAAAAACAUUAUCAAAAACGAAUAGGUAAAUUUCCCUUUAGCAUUACAAAAAUCUUUUAACUCAAAUGAUAUAGAUUUACAAAAUCAUGUUAGAUUUAGGUGCUUUUAAAAAUAAAAUAUUGAUAUCAGUAAUUUAUGCUAUUCUAAUUCUGAAAGUAAAUUGAAUCAACAAACGUUAAUUUAAGAAAUAAUUUAAUAAGAGGUCAUAAAUAAUUACUUAGACUAUUAAAAGAGUGACCCUUAAAUAGACUUAUAAGGUAUUUUUGGGAAAAAACAGACAAAUAACCUUACAAUAACAGAUUCAAAUUUUUCUAAUAAUUUCUAAGAAUCAUUUCCAAGUAUAGAAAAUUAAAAUUCUGAUUCCUUUUCAAUUUCUUUCCCCAAUACUACUUUCAGGGAAAUGAAUUCAUAACAAAACGAUUACAAUCAAUAAGGAUAGAAGGAAAAUGAUGAAGAUGAUGGUGAUUAAGAAUUUUAUUCUAGUUAAAUAUAAACAUAAAGAAAUAUGCUCUCCUUUACAAGAGACAAGACAAAUAAUAGAAAUAAUUAUUGA